CCAGCGCGUCGCCAGUCGCCAGUUCGCCGUGAGCGCUCGUGAUGCGAGGACGUUCUGUGAUUUCAUCUAGGAGCGUAACGUCGCUUUCUCACCUCGAGCUUUGAAAAGAGGGAAAAAGAGAGGAGAGAAAGAAAGAGAAAGAAGUAGAAAUAGAGAUAGAAAGAGAGAGAGAGAGAGAGAAGGAAAGAGAGAGAAAGAGAGGAGAAAGAAAGAGAAAGAAAGAAAGAGAUAAGGAGAGAGAAUUGCGGCUCCCAUCGCGUUCUAUUCACGCCUGUCAUCUUUUUUCGUUGCCGUUUGCUUAUCGUCACUCGCGCGCGCGAUUUGGACUCUGACGAAAGGUGAAAAGACGCGCUGAUAGAGAGGGAGGACAGACGGACAGACAAAUAGGAAUAUAGAGUGGGGAGAAAAGAAGAUUCCACGAACGGGUAAAGCGAGAAAGAGUGAGAAAGCUUUUCAAAGGUGAAAGAGAAAGGGAGAGAUAUAGAGAGAAAGAGAAAGAGAUAGAUAUAUAGAUAGAUAGAUAGAUAGAGAGAGAGAGAAAGAGAGAGAGCUUUUUUUAACGUGCAGCAUGUAACGAGAAGAUCGGCCUUCGACGACGAGACAUAGAGUAACCUUGUUUCUGCGUUCCAACCUACGCUCUUCUCAUGACACAUACAUAUACACAGAGAGAAUACAAUCACUCACUCAUACACAAAUACAUGUCUCUCCCAUAACUCCGUAAGCUUUAGAAAGGAAGCACGACGAGCGGAGAGAACGCACGCCACGACAUUUUUCCGCUCGAAAUACGUAGUAUAUACGAAGUACAUACGUGCGUACGUAGUUCGAAGGUGGUGGAAGUUCCGAGAGAGAGAGAGAGAGAGGGGGAGAGAGGAAGAGAGAGAGAGAGACCGAGAAUAUAUCACGUCGAAGGAUCUCGCAGAGGAGAGAGACCAGCUGAUCGUGGAUCGCGGAUAUAUACACGUUGCUGCUCUUCGCGCCGGAUAAGUUCGCCGCGGCGUGUGUGCGUGCGCGGCUCGAUCGUGUCGUCGUCCUACGUCGGCCGCCUACUCCUUUUACUCCUCUUUUGCAGAAGAUAGAAUAAGAGAGAGAGAGAGAGAGAGAGAGAGAGAGAGAGAGAGAGGGAGAGAGAGAAAGAGAGAAAGAAAGAGAGAGAGAGAGAGAGAGAGAGAAAGAGAAAAGGAGAGAGAGAGAGAGAGAAGAGUGGGAGAGAAAGAGAACAUACGUUUUUGUGACGUUACCGUGGUGGACAAUGACGGAUUCGAGCGGACAGAUAGUGUGUGCGUGUUAGUUGGAGAUAGAGAAAAGAGAAAGAUAGAUAGAGAAGACGACAGUAGAGAAAAAAGAAGGGGAGCAUAAAGAGAGGGGGAGAGAGAGAUAGACAGAGAACCAAGUGUCGAACUUUGCUACGUGAUAUCAACGUUAAAGUUGUGCGUGAAAGGGGAAUCGCGCGAUGCGUUAAAGUGUGAGAAAGAGAAAGAACGAGAGAGAGAGAGAGAGAGAGAGAGAGAAAGAAAGAGAGAGAGAGAGAGAGAGAGAGAGAUAGGUGAUAUAGAAAGAGAGAAAAGAAGAAAAAGAAGAAACUAUUUGGACUCUCAUUGCUUUCUUCUCCGUUCGAUCUGAUCGAGGGAGAAUCUUCGUCGUCGUGGUUAAAAUUGACGCGGGUGGGUACGCUCCUCCCGCAUAAGGGAGAAAGACAAGGAAAGAUAGCGGCGAAGAGAGACGGAAGACACUCGACGAAGGGGAGAAGGUAAGAACAAGACCACAGUGUGCGAUCUUUUCUCCUUACAAUUAAUUGUUAACCGAAAAAAAGAAGAAUCCGUCAGGAAAACAUUUCAACAGAGCCGGCUGAUAUAUCCGAGGACGAUCACUAUUCAAGCGCGCUCAUGAAAGACGCGGAUAAGCUGAAGCUGAUGCUGCUAGCGUGGAAUUAUAAUCUUCAACAGCAAGCUCAGGCUCAGGCUCAGGCACAGGCACAGGUACAGGCGCAGGCUGCGAACGCGGCCCUCUCGCCAAAUAACUCUUCGACAACCACGGCCACCACAGUUGGCACACCUGUCACCAGCCAAUCGACUAUUUCCACGGCAAACAACACCAUUAACAACUCCACUCUUACAGACGCACGGAAUGGUUCGACAGAGUUGGUGGACAUACCGACAGGUACGGUGCCAAGCUUGGGUACCAUGGCUGGCGUUGGCAGUGAGGAUAUGGCAUCUCUAUGGGCGUCUUAUGCUAUGGGCCUGAAAAAGACACCACCACCAACUUCAUCGACGACGCCUUCGCGUUCUGAUCGCGAUCGAGAAUCCAGUCCGCCUGGCGAAGGUACGGGGAGUGCCCACGAUGAAACUAGUAGCAGCGGGAAUAAGGAGGACGAGGAUGACGAUGAUGAGGAUGUUGAUGAGAGGUUGGACCCCAGACAUCACGAUCCCGAACGUCUUAAAGCUUUCAAUAUGUUCGUGAGACUUUUCGUCGAUGAGAAUCUUGAUCGUAUGGUGCCGAUCUCAAAGCAGCCCAAGGAAAAGAUACAGGCCAUCAUCGACAGUUGCACCAGACAGUUCCCAGAGUUUGCCGAAAGGGCGAGAAAGAGGAUCAGAACGUACCUCAAGAGUUGUAGGAGAAAUAAACGUGGAAGGGAAGGUGCACCUUGGGACGCGGCUAGACCGACGCCAGCACACUUGACCUCCGUACAGGCUGAGCAAAUUUUAGCGACGGCCUGUGAAAACGAAAGCGACAACGCUAAGCGUAUGAGGGUCGGUCUUGAACCAGUCUCGCAACCUAUGCCAACGCUUCCGGCUGCCACGCAAACGGACGUACGAUCGAGCUUAGAACAUUUCUCGAGUACACCGGUGAAAUCGCUUCCGGGAAAGAGGGAGGAUACGCCACCAGCAUCUCUAACGUCUCUCGCACCAUUGACCAGUUUGGCGAACUUACCUAGCAGCACUCUGUCCUCAACACCCUUGUCUCUAGCACCCGCAUCGAAGUUACUCACACCGGCGGACAACAAAAGUCUUAUGAGCCAAGCAACGAUAGUCAGUUCGUCGGCGGUUAAUGGAGUUGCCAGUGGCGGUGCACCGACAGCCAUGUACAGACCAAACUUUAGUCAGGCCUUCCAACGUGCCGGUCCCACAACGGUACCACCGACCCUGUCAGCUGGACUCUAUCCUACUCAAAGUUUCACCUCGGGACUACUGAGCAACGGUACACAAAGGCCGACAGACCUGAGCAUGAAGAAUACGAAGCCCUUGCUGAGUCACAAAUUGAACGCGACGGAGAUGACCGCGGUGAGGCAGCUCAUAACCGGAUAUCGGGAAUCCGCAGCCUUUCUCUUAAGGUCCGCCGACGAGUUGGAGCAACUGUUGCUUCAGCAGCCAUAGAGUUACGUGUACGUCGGCAACGUCUAAAUGAACUCGUCUCGCAGAAUUGAUUCCGUCGUCGUCGUCGUCGUCGUCGUCGUCGUCGUCGUUGUCGUCAAAGGGAGCUGGACGAAGAAGCCGGAAGUGGACGGUUCUUUGAAAUCUUUUCGACAUCGAGAGAAGCGAUCGGAUUGGUAGUUGAAUAGUAGAUACGUAUCGGCUGCCUUCCGUUUUCUCCUUCUUCUCUCUCUCUCUCUCUCUCUCUCUCUCAUUCUCUCUCUCCCUCUCCCUCUCUCUCUCUCUCUCUA